GGACUCUUGAGGGCGCUACAACUGUGUGCUGUUUUGUUUUACAUGAUUCACAAACUCAUGACGUGAAAGAAGGACAAUCCCUUGAACUUGCACAGUAUCAAACAGUAGUUACUUGUGGUGAUUGUCAGUGUCUGGUCUGCUCCGUGUUUGACAUAUUUGAAGGAACAGAAUGUUCAGAAAAAAGGCAAACGAAAAAGAGGUCAUGAGGAAAGUGGACAGAGAUCUGAAGGGCACGCAACGGGGCUUGGAGCGCGACAGAGCUAAACUGGAGAGAGAAGAACAAAAACUAACACUGGAAAUAAAAAAGGCUGCCAAGCAAGGAAACAAACAGGCUGCAACGGUGUUGGCCAAGCAGCUAGUCAACCUCAGGAAGCAGAAGACGCGGAUGUACGGAGCCAGCGCCAGGGUGUCUUCAAUCAAUGCACAGGCAAAGGUGCUGGACGACACCCUAGAAGCCAUGUUUGAGGAGUCUGGUGAUGAAGAGGAGCAAGACGCCAUUGUCAACCAGGUCCUAGACGAGAUCGGCAUUGAAGUAGCCGGCAAGCUGUCAGAUGCUCCCACUGCCUCGUACACAUUACCAGCAGGCAAGGAAAAAACAAGGGACACAGCAGAUCAAGAAAUCGAAGCCCAACUAGCCAGACUCUUAAAGAAUUAGUUCUUUGAUGUAUAUAUGAAUGUAUGAUAUAUUGUAUGAUUUAAUUUGGGUUUUUAUCAGGUGUAUAUGUCCCUCAACUGUGGGUGCAUAUUCCUUUACUGGGGGCACAUAGUCCUUUCCUGGGGUAUAUAUUCCUUUAAUGGGGUAUACAUUCCUUUGCUGGGGGGCAAAUAUUCCUUUUGUUAUGGCUGCAUAUUCUUUUUCUGGGGGCAUAUUUUCUUUUAUUGUAGGUAUUUCUUCACAUAAGUAUACAUGUAUAUUCUUUGCUGGGGGUAUAUAUUCCUCUGCUGGGGAUAUACUCCUUUGCUAGGGGUACAUAAUUCCUUUGCUGGGGGUAUAUAUUCCUGUGCUCUUUCCUGGGGGUAUAUAUUCCUCUGCUGGGGAUAUACUCCUUUGCUAGGGGUACAUAAUUCCUUUGCUCGGGGUAUAUAUUCCUUUGCUCUUUGCUAGGGGUAUAUGUAUGUAUCCCUUUAAUACUGAUUGCAUAAUAGAUAUAUAGCAGAUUGAAUUAUUUUGAAGGAACGAACAGAUUAAGUCACACCUCAAUAGUGCAUACAUCUCUGGUUCAUUUUUUCCCACGAAAAAAGAGAUUUAAACGUGUUAUACUGUACAUUUCUAGACUGGCACUAGUUUAAAAGUCAGAUAUACACGCGUAGUGUCUCCACCUGCGUCUGUGUGUUUUGUUCGCUUACAUGUAAAACAACAGUCAUUUUAUGCAAAUGUGCCAAACUUUAAUUUAGUGAGACUUUAAAAAUUCAACGAGAGUGGGAGUUUUCAUGUAAGGCCUACUGCAACUUGGCAAACGAAAUUCCAAAGCAGAAAAUCAACGUUGAUUGUACAUGUAUCGGCUCAGUCGUUCAGUUGAAACAUCUCGGAGGGAGAAGGCUAUCCGCAUGACAAAUACGUAGACGAAAUUUGAAGAACUGUUUGAAAAGUGAGCUUGUUUUGUAAACAGAAAGGUGUACUUGACGUCAAGGCUGUCUCGUUCGUGUUUCACAAGCUUGUGUUUUUCUUUCGAAUUGCGCUUUUUUUCCCUUUUCCGGAAAAUGGACGUGUUUGCUUAAUUAGUUGGAUAGUUGCUCGAUCGAUCAUUUAUAAAAAAUGUCAUUUGUCGUGGAGAUGUUUUAAAUGAGGCACUGCUUGAAUCGCUUUGAGUAGCUUAUAAGAGUUUAACCCUUUGUUAAUAUAUUUAGCAAGUUAAACAUUAAACGUUGCAUUUUAUAUCACGAUGA